GAUUCCAAAUGUAUAAAUUAUUUGCAGAUAAACACUACCAUUAUGGAUUUAUAUUUUUUUGUAUUAACUUGCCUUUUAGUGUUACAAAUGUCACUGGUCAGUGCCUUCCUCAAUCCAGCGAACGAUGUACGUAAGAUUACAAGAUAUAUUAACAAAACUGUUAGAAAAUAUAAAAAUUAUUACUUGACUGCAAUGCUGCUUUACUUCGUGGUGGUCAUUUACCUCGGUAUGUACACCCCAUUGAUGAGUACAAUAAAACUUAUAUUCGGGGGACAACAAGAUAAAUAUGAGAAACUAAUCAUUGUGAGCAACAUGGAAAAGAUUUAUAUCAUGGGCGGAUUUUCUCUCUUCCUAUUCGUCGUGUCAUGCGGCGUGAGAAGUUUGAUAUCUUAUACAGCAAAGCUUCUCGAAUCAUCUGUGUACUCAAUAUCUAAAAUAUCCAGCUUAUAUGGACCGAAAAAUAAAGGGUUAGCGCUUGACAAUGUGAACAUACUACCGCAUCUCCUUCGAAUGACCAGAUCAACCUCAUCUAUUGGAGUGAAUAAAGUUUUGAAAGACCAGUUGAAAGCAAUUAUUAAGAAUAUAGAGGUGAUAAAAAGUGACAGCAAUACGGAAUCGAGUGUAUAUGAUGACCACUACCAAACGACAAGAGCUUAACCUAUUGUCCUAUUUAUCAUGCUUCAUUACUCAGUCCCGUUUUAUGUACGGCAGUCAUCGGGAACUAUUGCCUUACACGCAGGAAACCUUGCCAAGUAUUCGAGAAUUCUUUGGAAUUACGAUGGGUUGCGAGGCAAAGGGAAAUAUUCGGAAAGACAGGACCAUAAAAAUAAAAUGCUACGCUACAAAGGGGAAAAGAAACAUACCAAAUUGGAAUGUAUGUUAUUUGAACGAAAGAAAAAUAAUGUUGUUUUUUUAUAAAAAGUUUACCCAUUCUUUAGAAUAAAGAUUAUCAAAGUGUU